CUUCACAAGUACACUUUGUAUGUAAACAGCUAAGAUCAGUGAUAGAGCACAGUGAAUUUCGCGCUUCCGCCACCUCAUUACUCCCAGUAUUCUUACAAUAUUCCCAAUGUGUAACAGUCGUCCUAACAAAUACAUAACACGACCUUGCGAAAUGCUUCGGAAAUUUUCAUCCAGAGUAUCUGCUCAUCCCUCAGCUGGCUCACAUAGUCAGAGUUCCCGCUCUUCGCAGGAAGCCUCGCCAUCUCCAGUUCAAACUUCUCAUUCCUCACACCGAACCUCACACACGUCAACCCUAACACCAAAACCAUUAUUCUACGAUUCCCGCUUAUCUGCACAAGCCGCACGUAUCUCUGAUCAGCCACCUUACUCUACCGCUAGCGCAUCACCACAUACCUCAGACUUUGCGCCCUACUCCACAGUCUUCACGCAUCGUUCAUCAGCACAAUCUCGAGACCCUACAACACAAACACCACGGUCCUCAACCUCCGCGCCCCAAGGCUUAACCAAUCACCCGCUCAGCCUUCCACCAACCACCCCUCACGACGAUAUCGCUUGGGCUGAACACGAUGACCUUCUCCACUCACUCACUGUACGCGCUUCAGACCUCGACCAGUUAGCCCUCGCAGCUGAAGCGCGAUGGAAAGCUGCUGAAGGCUUGUUGCCCCCUUCAGAACAUCAUACUAUCGGCCGCGCAGCUAGCGUUCCCACGUUACGAGAAAUUCAUCUGUUGCUAGCGCGGAUUGAUCUAUUGGUGAGAGAAGAACGGAAAUGGAGGGACGAAUGCAUGCCGAGAAACCCGAGAGAGAAGUAUCCGGCUUGGGCGAGUGUAUAUUCGCAGGUUAUGGGCGUGGGUGUAGGGCGAGGACUAAGGCCAUGGGAUGUAGUCAAGGAGCUGGAUGUGAGGAUGGAGAGAUUGUUGGAGAAGGUAAAGAGAUUGUGAAUAUGGUGGUUUGAACGGAUCUAGCUUUCUCGGUAGUACAGUGUCGACUACCUUGAGACAGCAAUAGAUCGGAAGAUGCGAAUGAUCUAGGAGCAACGCUGGAGAUACUAACACAAGA